UGCUGGAAUAGCGGAAAAAUGGUUUCAGUAUCCGAUUGAAUGUUCUAAGCGCAACAUGGCCAUGGAUGACUAUGACGAUGACAUGAGCAGCGUGGGUGUGGGCGUAACAACGGCCCGCAUUGAGAAUCAUCAUUAUCAGCAGCAGCAGCAGCAUGGUCAAUACCAUCAGCAAGGACAAGGACAUCAUCAGCAGGGACAAAGUCAAUAUAGUGCUGGAGCUGUCAAGGUUGGCGGUUGGCGCUAUGAGGAUGCAAGUCGUUAUAUUGGCGAAUGGAAUCAACUAGGCCAAAAACAUGGCAUUGGUCAUUUGCAAUUUGCCGAUGGCACACGCUUCGAUGGCCAAUUUCAAGAGGGUCUUAGUCAGGGCUUGGGCUGCCUUUGGUUUCCAGAUGGUGCCAAAUACGAGGGUGAAUUUCAUCAAGGCUGGUUCCAUGGCCAUGGAAUCUUUUGGCGUGCCGAUGGCAUGAAAUAUGAAGGAGAAUUUCGUGGUGGCAAAAUCUGGGGUUUGGGUCUAUUAACCUUUCCAGAUGGCUUUCAUGGAUUUCCCAGAAAUGAGGGCUUCUUUCAGGAUUGCCGCUUUAUGCGCAAACGUCGCUGUCCGGAAAUUGUGCAACGUGCCCAAAAAUGCGCCCUAAUGGCUAGAUCUCAGUGUGAACAUCCUUAUUAAGAUAUACACAAAAAUAUAUUUUGUUUCUUUGCGCGUUCAGUGCAAAACAUUUUCCCAUAUAACUCAACCCUUUUUAAUCAGAUUGUAAACCAAAUUUUGAUAGCCCGUUAGAUAUUGAUAACCAUUACAAUUAGGAUGAGUAUCCAUUAAUGAAUUCAUGUCAGAUGUCUGAAAAGCCUUUAAAUACAUAAAUUUUAGCGACUUCAAUAAACCCUUUCGCACUUUGGUUAUAUAAAAUAAACAUAUAAACUUGUGCCUUUAAUUUUUUUGUA